AUGCCGCUUCUUCUCCCUGUGCUAUUUAGUGAAAUCCGUUUGGUGCUGGAAGGCUCGAUAGGCGCUCCUUCACUGCUCGAACUUAUCUGUGCAAUAGACGAGUUUGUUCAUGUAGUGGACCAGAACUCUGUAUCGUCAGCCGACAUUGAAGAAGAGCUGCAGUCUAUCCAUCGGGAUGUCGCUGACCACUCUUCUUCACGCCAAGCCGAGGGAUUUCUAGCUGUUCUGUAUCAUCUCCGACCACUUCUCUCCUCGGCAUCUGUCAUUUUACUGUGGUUUGACCUCAUCUUGCGCCCAGCACUCCGUGAACCAAAGCUGUCCACUAAUGCGAUUGACAAUGCCACGGACCUUAUCGUAUCUUCCCUCAGAAAUGAAGACAAUGCGCAUCAGCAGAAGUCUGAUGAUUUCAGACGGCGUAUUGUCGACUAUUACCUGCUUGACGCAUUCAAUGAAGGGUCAGGGGAAGAUAUAAUAUCAUGGGCCGAGUUGGACGAGUCGGAGAAGGACCGGCGCAAGUAUUGGAAGGCCAAUUUGGAGAAUAUUCUGCUUAAGUACGGAACUCAAUGUCCCGAGGAGCUAAUGACUGAGUUGCACGCGCAAUUCGUCAAUCCAUCGCUGCGUUUGCAGAUUCUCAUUUUGCUCAAUUUAUUCACUUCCUCGCCUGGAUUUCGCAACUCUGCAUCUAUUCUUGCAACAUAUCCACUAACAUCUAGCAUAAUGACAUCGUUACUGAUCGAUAAUUCAACAACUGCCUGUAGUGUUGGGCUGACGCUUCUGGUCAAACUACUUCCUCUUCUUGCCGUCCAUGCCUGCGAAAAGUUAAAGGAGAUGGUCCCCCAGUUAUUACUUGUCCUUUCCAGACUUAUAUGCUGGAAGGAGCGAGUUUCCGUUGUAGAUGAAUCCAAUGGGUCACAUGUGGAUAUUCCACAGGAUUUCUUCAAUGCUUCUCCCUCCCACGAGAUCCGUCCGGAACUCCAUUGGGAGCGCCUUGAAUCGACAUUCGAUGCGGCGGCAGCCCCGGGUCCCUCUCCUCGCCGAUUUUUCACCUUUCUUUACUAUCUUUUCCCUUGUAAUGUCCUCAGGUUCCUGCGUGCUCCAUUUGCGUAUCUCAAUGACUGUCGACCUGAAUCGCCUUACACCGUAGGGUGGGAAGCUCUAAUCGAUGAGAUCGAGCUAAAGGGAAAAGCAGAGAAACUCCUUAGGGAACAUCAAUGUCAUCCACUUAUAAUAUGGCGGGAUGCCAAAGAUGAACUGACUCUUCCAGACUUUUGGGCGGAAUAUGACGUGUCUCGAAUCGCGAGCGAGGCCGCCAUGUUGGAUGUUAAUAACACGGUGCUUUCUCUUCGUGCGAAGCUGGACGAGACCAAUGCUACCGCAACGUAUACCCCCUCGGAAAGAAGCGUGGAAGACACUCCAGCUACUUCUGUACACCCUAUUGACUUAUCAUCCGGAGUCGCAAAAAUAUCAUUACAAGACAUGAUCGCGACUUCAGUCGCUUUGAAAUCCAAUCUGGAUAUAAACAUCGCAGCGCCGACGUCUCAGUGGCCUGGUGCUCUGUUUGUGUCGUCGACGACACCUUCUACCAGAAAUGGCGACUCCUCCAGGCCUGAGAGUGUAGGAUCAAAAAGCAGCGACGAGAUUCCAUCCCAUAUCGUGCAGGCGAUUUCUGCCCUCCAACACGAACUCGUUCUGUUGAAGAAUGAGCUCAACUUUGAGCUCUGGCUUUCGAGGGAAAACGUGCAGCACAUAGGCCGGCUGUACCAAGAGCGAAUUCUGUCCAAAAACGUCGAAGUCGAGAGACAAGGAUUGUACAACAAACUGCGUAACUAUCGUACACAGGUUAUAGGCCUGGAACGCGAACUGCGCGAACACAAGGAGCAAGCAUCUUCUGCCAAGAACAAGUAUGCAGAAUGGAACACGGAGCUCCAGGGAAAACUUCGAGAGUUGCGGGAUGAAAAAAAAAAGUGGACCAUGGAAGCGGCUGCUUUGAGGACCGAAGCCAAGGAAGCGAAGGCCCUUUUCGCUGCCCAGGGAGAGUUACUAGACAAUGCGCGGAAAGAAGUUUUCAUGCUUCAAACUCAAAAGAAGGAAAACCAACAUAAAAUUGACCGGCUGAGGGACUAUGAAAAGCAGAUACAGCAGCAUCUUAAGAUGCAGCAACUCUGGUUUGAGCUUGUUCUGUGUCGCUGA